AUGCCUCGCACAGCAGAAACAGCAAGUUUUGCGUUCAACCACACCAUGAUCCGGGUGAAGGAUCCCAAGGUAUCCCUGCAUUUUUAUACCGAAAUCAUUGGGAUGGAUCUUCUGUCCGAAAAGGAUUUCGGUGACUUCACUCUGUACUUCCUUGCGUUCGAUCACUCCAGUGGCGCGCUUAGCGCCAAGGAGAAGGAAGAGACAAGGUUCUCUCGUGAAGGCGUGCUCGAGCUUACUCACAACCAUGGCACCGAAUCCGAUCCGAGCUUCCAAGGAUAUGCCAGUGGAAACUCAGAUCCCGGCCGGGGCUUCGGACACAUCGCUAUAACCGUUGAUGAUGUUGAGAAAGCUUGUGAACGAUUCGAACAGCUGGGAGUUGUCUUCAAGAAGAUGAGACACAUUGCAUUUAUUCUGGACCCUGAUGGCUACUGGAUUGAAAUUGUACCCCGCGUCAUUAAGUUUGAUUGA